AUGGGCCAACAUCCAGCGGACGAAGCGAGUCCAUCAACUGUAACAGAUCCUAUCAAUCCCCCAAAUUAUUCUGGACCACCGAAACCAUCACUUCCAACUGUUUCCGCGCCAUCAAACGAAGGCGUUAACAGACCUGUGACAGACCAACCUGAUAAUCGACCUAGGAUGACAUUCACCAACGCUCCUAUUGUUGUUGAUAAUACCAUCCUACCUAACGAAGGGGCAUUGUACUGUUCGUUAUGCUGGGGUUGUUGUGUGAUCAAUAUACCUCGUUAA